AUGGAUUCAAACCUCCAAAAGCUUCAAUCUUUAGGAGUCUUUGGAAUCAUCAAAGAAACCAUCAAAUUGAUAUACCAAUGGAGAAAAAUCUUCACCCAAAUCACUCUUCUCUUCAUUCUCCCUUCCUAUCUCAUAACCUUCACCAACUUUGCACUCAUCCUUUUCGCCUCACAAAACAUUUACUUUCUCGUCUUCAACCUCGUCUCUAUAAUCAUCACCGCCGUCCUCACCAUCAUUGCCACCGCCACCGUCGUUUACACUGUUGCCUGUGUCUAUGCAAAACGUGACAUAUCAUUCAAGCACGUGAUCGGCGUCGUCCCGAAUGUUUGGAAGCCAGUUCUCGGGACGUCUCUAUGUUAUUACACGACGUUGUUUGCCUUGAAUUUUGUUGGUAGUUUGGUCGUCUUUUUGAUAGUUGUUUCAAAUAAGAACUUGGUGGUGAUUCUUUUCAUCUUCUUGAUAAUGUUCUUCAUAGGAACUUUUUAUUUGAUAUCAAUAUGGAAAUUAUCGGACGUUGUGGCUGUUUUGGAAGGGCUAUGUGGGUUUAAAGCUAUGGCUAAGAGUAAGGGUUUGGUUAAAGGGAAGGUGAGAAUGGUUAAGAAGUUAGUCAUGGCUUUGAGUUUGCCUGUUGGAGUGGUUCAAUAUGUGUUCUUUUGUUUGGUUGUUCAACCAACAUGUAUUGGGAUGGUGGGCAAGGGUGUUUUGGUAAUUAUUUGGAUCUUGUCGUUUUCGGUGUUCUUUUUGGUCACUCAGGUGGCUAAGACUGUGUUGUAUUUCGUUUGUAAAUUAGACCACGAUGAGAUUGUUGACAAGUUGGCUCUAUCUGACCAUCUUCGAGUUCAUCUGCUGGAAAACUACAACGAUCCGUUGAAGGUUGAUGAUCAUGUUCGUAUCGAGAAGUUACAAGUUGUUUGA